GAACGGCUCCUGGCGAACAUGACCGGCAUGGCAUCUACACUGGCCAAAAAGCGGGCACUGGCGGCGGGGUUCGGCACCAACUCCAACGCGGUGAAGUACCUCAACCAGGACUUCGAGGAGCUGAGACGGCAGUGUCUGACCGCGGGCAAGCUCUUCUCGGACUCGACCUUUCCAGCCGCGCCCGAGUCCCUGGGAUUCAAAGAGCUCGGUCCGUACUCCUCCAAAACCAGAGGAGUGCAGUGGAAAAGACCAAGUGAACUGUGCUCCAGGCCUGAGUUCAUUGUGGGCGGAGCCACGAGGACAGAUAUCUGCCAGGGGGCGCUCGGUGACUGCUGGCUCCUGGCGGCCAUUGCCUCCUUGACCCUUAAUGAGGACGUCUUGGCCAGAGUUGUGCCAAGUGGACAGGGCUUCGGAAAUGACUAUGCUGGGAUCUUUCACUUCCAGUUCUGGCAGUUUGGAGAAUGGGUAGAUGUUGUCAUCGACGAUCGGCUGCCCACCAGAGACGGGGAGCUGCUGUUUGUCCACUCAGCGGAGGGCUCGGAGUUCUGGAGCGCCCUGCUGGAGAAGGCCUAUGCCAAGGUCAAUGGCUCCUAUGAGGCUCUGUCUGGGGGCUCCACCACUGAAGGCUUCGAGGACUUCACCGGGGGGAUAGCUGAGACGUACGAGCUGAAGCAGGCCCCCCCAAACCUCUUCCAAAUCAUCAAGAAGGCCCUGGAGGCUGGCUCUCUGCUGGGCUGCUCCAUUGAUAUCACCAGUGCUGCCGAGACGGAGGCCAUCACCUAUCAGAAACUGGUGAAGGGACACGCCUACUCCCUCACUGGUGCUGUGGAGGUGACGUACCGGGGACGCCUGGAGAAGCUGGUCAGAAUCCGUAACCCCUGGGGUCAGGUGGAGUGGACAGGAGCCUGGAGUGACAGCUCGUCUGAGUGGAACUACGUUGAUGCCUCAGAGCGGCAGAAUGUGAAAGCAGAUGAUGGAGAGUUCUGGAUGUCGUUCACAGAAUUCAUGAAGCAGUACUCACGGCUGGAGAUCUGCAACCUGACCCCAGACACCCUGUCCAGCGACUCGUACAAGCGCUGGAGCGUUUCCAAGUUUGACGGCGCCUGGAGGCGGGGCUCCACCGCAGGCGGCUGCAGGAACAACCCCUACACCUUCUGGAUGAACCCGCAGUUUGUGAUCAAGCUGGAGGAGGAGGAUGACGAUCCUGAAGACAACGAGGUGGGCUGCAGCUUCGUGGUGGGUCUGAUUCAGAAGAACCGCCGGCGGCUGAGGAAGGCGGGCGAGGACAUGCACACCAUCGGCUUCGCCAUCUACGAGGUCCCUCCACAGUUCCGUGGUCAGACAGAGGUGCACCUGGACAAGAACUACUUCCUGACACACGCACAGACCGCUCGCUCUGAGACCUUCGUCAACCUGAGGGAGGUCUCCAAUCACUUCAAGCUGCCCCCGGGGGAGUACCUCAUCGUUCCUUCCACCUUCGAGCCGCACAAGGACGGCGACUUCUGCCUGCGAGUCUUCUCAGAGAAGCAAGCCGAAACACAACUUCGUGAAGAUCCUGUUGAUGCGAACUUGGUUGAUGAGAAGGUUUCUGAGGGUGAAAUUGACGCAGGCUUCAAGAACCUGUUUGUCAGGCUUGCUGGAUCGGACAAUGAGAUUUCUGCAACAGAACUGAGGACUAUUUUUAAUAAUAUUGUCUCCAAACGCUCUGAUAUAAAAACCGAUGGCUUUAGCUUGGAAACGUGCAGAGUCAUGGUCAAUCUAAUGGAUGACAGUGGCAAUGGCAAGCUGGGAAUGGCAGAGUUCGCCAGCCUGUGGAAGAAGAUCCAGAGGUACCUGAGCAUCUACAAGAAGAACGAUCUGGACGGGUCUGGCACCAUGAGCACUCCGGAGAUGCGCAUGGCCCUGAAAGAAGCAGGUUUCACCUUAACCAAUAACAUCCACCAAGUCCUUGUGGCCCGCUAUGCUGAACCCGACAUGACUAUUGACUUUGACAACUUCGUGGCCUGCCUGAUUCGUCUGGAGACGAUGUUCCGAGUCUUUAAGAAUGCUGACACAGAGGGAACUGGGGAAAUAGAGCUCAACUUUUACCAGGUGAGACAUCCUUCCUGA